CGGGUAUCCACUCGUCGGCAUCGCGAUCGCGGAAACUCCAACCAGUGGAGAGUGACUGACGACUGAAUUCCAUCCUGAUGGGAUGUUUUUUGGUAUUUGUUAAUAUUUGAAUACUGACUAUUUAACGACUGGGGAGAAGGAGCUAUUUAGAAGCAGCUGCGAUGGGCUUAUCGAUAAGAAACCCCCCACGAGCCUUCCUUUUUGGGAACGGAGGUCCCGGGCACAUGACUUUCCUGCCUUGGAGUUCGGGUGUCAAUAUUCCCUGAUCAGGUGGCCGGGUUGUCCAUAGACUUGCCAAAUCUCCUCUUUUGUCUUCUGUGUGUCGAGGUGGAAUUACCAAUUUCCGGUUCCAGUGCCCCUCCAGGAGCAGAGACGGAGCAUGUUGGCUGACUUUCGCUCAAAGGGGACGACUGCCAGUCAUCUUUCUUGGUCACGGAGGUCUCUCCGUCGAGCUGCUGCCUCACCCAAACUCUCAGGAUGAUAUUCUCAGACUUCUAUGAUUGAGUCCAUGGAACUCGCUUCGACAAAUUGACAAAGUCAAGCCAUUCUGGCUCUCAACUGCUGAAACCCACUAGCUUGGGAGCCAACUACACGCUAGUCCACUUGCGUGUAAUGGACCCCCUCAAGCCGAACCAAUGAUCAGACUGCUCCCCCAGGAUUCGGGAGAGUCAACGGCCCCUCCAUUCUUCGGCUCCCAAGGACACAUGUUAGCCAGGCUUGGCAAUUUCAUGCAUUCCCCCCCUGCUUCUCUCCAGGGGUUCAAUCGAAAAGGAGUCGCAGUCCAUGUGCUGCGGGGUAUUCAGAUGGUCUCCUCCUCCACCUUGUCAACGUCACUUUUGCCGCGGAUGAAAUGUCCAGAUAUGCCGUGCAGGCCGGCAUUUCGAUGUUUGGGGUGAUGGGAAUGCCUCUAAAUCAUCUCCUCAUCUCCUCGGGCACUUGACUCGAAGAGGAUAUCGCGCCCGGAAGAACAGGGUCUCGGCAUCGGUGUGGUGCGCUCCCCGUGGCAAUUGGACAGUUGCUACUGAACACGCUUCCCAAAGUCCCCGCUUGAUCAAAAACGGACCUGAAAGAAACGUUGAGAAGGGUCCCGUCGCUUUUCAGUCCCGAUUCCGCCUCGUUUGCCUGACUCCAUACCGUGGGUCAAAAAGAGGGCCCCCCGAUGAGUGGUGAGGAACUGAGAAUCAUUGGGCGAGCUUGCAGCCUGGCUCUCUCGGUACCUCUGCUGAUUCAUGCAAAGGGCUAUAACUACCUGGCAACUGCAUCGCCUGCUAACCUCCGGACUAAAGGAAUCAUGGCCGGCGCUACGAAGUUGUUUUAGUGUCAAAUCCAAGAGGAGGUGACCCUGGAUCGGCAAGUCCUGCGACGCUCUUUCCCCAGACGAUCAUCUGGUCGACUACUGCAGGGUUCCUUUUCUCCAUCCACACUCAUAUGGUCCUCUCUCCUGCUACGAGCGGGGAUUAUUUGCCCCCCUCUGAAACCCUGAAAGGGCAUGCCAAAAAAGACUCUGGCGCAUGAAGAACAGACAUGUGGCGUAUAGAAAACAUGCAGCCUCCGUAAUCAUGUUGCCUCUUUAAUCUCGCUCUCGCAUCCUGGUCAGCCUGGCGCGUGGCACCGUCCCGGUCAGACCUGUAGAACUGCCGCCUCCCCCCCCCAUGCACGUUCCAUCGGACUCCGCCCCCAGAUACUUUGUGUGGAAACCCUGGUCUCCUAUAUGUCGGUACUCAAAUUAUGAUGACGAGGGCAAUGGAAAUUCUGUCCGAACUGAGCAGGGGCAAGGAUAUGGCCCUCUGACCCAGUUAACCCGGCGGUUUCCAUACAUUCUGCCUCCGCAGUAGAUCCACGCUAGCGUGGUUAAUCCCGCACAUCACCACUCACCGAGUCUGUCCCUGACGCAUAACCCAAUAAGCGAGGCCGUAUCCGGGGACCCCGGAGUCGCUGGAAGACGAAUGGUCAGCGACUCGGAGACUCGGCGGCCUAGAAAUGUGAUGAAAAGAUGAACGAAGGUCUUGUUCCCUGAAAAUGCGGGGAGAUUUAGGCGGAUCAGGCUAUUCUGGUCGACUAUCUCGCUUCCGUCUUAGCUGCCCGUCGCCCGCGCUCUUAGUCGGCCGUGGGCCCUCUUUUCUAGCCUUUUUUUUCCUUUUUUGAAUCGACUUCAUUCUUCUUGCUACUAUUCCCCAUCGACCGGACGACUUUGCUCUUUGUUCGCAAAGUGACUGAUAUUCACUUUCAACUCUAACCGGGAUAUACUGCAACGGACACUCAGCCGCUCUGUUGUCCUGGCUUACUCUGCCCGAUUAUCUGCCUCCCUAUAAUUAUCCCCGAGAUCAUACGACAAUCUCCGUCUAUCGAUUCUGUUUCAUUAUCGAAAUCGCAAAGAAAGUGCCGCCUCCCCCAAAUUAUGUGACUCUUGACCACAACAUCUGCGUGAUACCGUGCAGUCCAUCAUGUUCCACACCUUUGAAGGGUUCGAGAACCCGACUGUGGCCACUCCUGCCCGCACUACUCGUCCCCCCAAUCCCGAGCGCCGCGACUCGGUAAGCCGCAGAGUGACGACUCUCCGUGCUUGUACGUCUUGUAGACAUCGCAAGAUUAAAUGUGAUGGUGAGAAACCAUGCGAGGCUUGUCGUUGGUACAAGAAAGCCGAUCAAUGUCAUUAUUCAGAUCCUCGUCCAUCUAGACGACAUGUUGAAAAGUUGUCUACUACCCUUGAUGAAUACCGAGGCAUCCUAGGAAAGUUAUUCCCCAAUCUUGCGCCAGAGUCUCUGGUCAAUUUGCCGCGGGAGAGGCUGCUUGAGCUGGCGGUUGGAUCUGCAUCUGCAGCGUCGCUCGCACAGGCUCCUGGGGCACACCAAGCGCCGCACCCUGCUUCCCCUGCUACUUCAGCUUCGGUAGAAGCUCAUGUGUCGCCUCUGUCGAAUGAAGAUGACAAUCUCGAGUCUCUCCAAAGCAUGCCCGAGGAGCUCGAUGAUAGUCGCCCGAGUUCCACCGACUUGGUCGAGGGUGUCUCGGACGACGUCAAUGCGCUGUCUCUGUCCGCCCGACAGCCAUCAUCUUACCUUGGCGUUUCAUCUAUUCAAGCCGUACUGAAGGUCAUCGUCUGGCUGGAUCCAGGGUGUGCCACAUACUUCUCUCGAACUCCCCCCACGCAUCCACGCGACCAGGCUGGUCUCGAAUACGAUAUGCCUUCUGAGUGGAGCCAUGGCGAGGGAUCCUUACAGACACAGCACUGUAUCCCACCAACCGAAAUGCAGAUGCUGGACGCAUAUUUCCUGCAUUUCCAAGCCUUUGCUCCCUUGAUCGAUGAGAAAAUGUUCCGCGAGACCUACAUGAUGGGUCACCGAAAGGAUGACCACUGGCUCGCGCUGCUCAACAUUGUCCUCGCCCUGGGCAGUGUCGCUGCAUCAAAGCCGGACGACCAGACGCAUCAGACAUAUUUCUUGCGCUGCAAGAGCCAUCUCAGUCUAAGCUCGCUUGGAAGUGCCCAUCUGGAGACCAUCCAAGCACUUGGCUUAAUGGGUGGCUGGUAUUGCCACUAUAUCAGUCAGCCUAAUCUGGCAUAUUCUCUUAUGGGUGCUGCACUUCGGAUGGCAGCGGGGCUGGGCUUGCACAAAGAGUUUGCUGAAAGCCGACAAGUACCGAGUCCGAGUAAGCUGGCCUCGAUGGAUCUCAAGCGCCGGGUCUGGUGGUCCCUCUUCUGUAUGGAUACUUGGGGAGGCAUGACCCUGGGACGGCCGAGCAUGGGCCGUUUCGGACCUAAUAUCACAGUGCGGCCACCCAAUUGUCGCGACAAGGGCAACGUCCUCGAAAUCCUUCCAUUGGUGGAAAAUAUCCGAUUCGCUAAAAUCGCCACCCAAGUACAAGAGUCGCUCGCAGCUGCCCCCCUCGUCAAACACCAGGAGAUGGCUCAUGCUGAUGCGCAGCUCCUUGAUUGGUGGGAAAAUCUCCCAACCGUUCUCAAAGACCACGAGUCUUGUUCGGAGUCUAUCAGAACCGUGCGAACUGUAAUGAGAUGGCGGUAUUACAACCAGCGCAUGCUACUCUUCCGCCCCACGCUGCUGAGCUAUGCGAUGCGACGCGUCCCAUACAUUGCUUUGAGAGCGGAGGAACGAACUGCGAUAGAAAAGUGUCGUGAGGUUGCUGAACAAUCUAUUCAAAACAUCGCCGCCACAGCACAGCUCAACCAGCUCUGUGGCUGGAACGCCGUCUGGUGGACCUUCCAAGCAUCUCUCGUCCCCCUAGUUGGCCUAUUCCUCAACGACCCCACAGCCGACGACCCCCGCGCCUCCAUUGAGUCCUGCCAAGCACAGGUGGAAAUGGCACUGGCAACUCUCGCGCGUAUGCAAACAUACGGACAUACCGCGAAGCGCUCGCUGGACGCCAUCGCGCGUAUCUAUGAAGCUAGCAAGCGCGGACAAGAUAUGGCCACUUCUAGCAGUGCUGGAUCUGUCCAGUCUAACAUUUUUUCCGCUGGUCGGGACUCGAGUAUGAUGUUCUCGCCGCCUGAACCAGCCCGUAUGGGCAUGACGCUCGGCGAGAAUGGGUUUGCAGAUCCGUUGACUACGCCGUUUGUCGAUGACUCGGGCCAGUAUCUCUGGGAGUAUCUCAGUUGGAGUGACCAGAGCAUGUGGCCGGGCCUUUCGGAUGUUGAUACCCGGAGCGAGGCUAUGGCGUUGCUGACGCCCGAUCAUGAGAAGGGUCCGAAGUUCGGGUCGCAUCCCUACUUUGAGCCUAUUCCUGACUCUUAUUUUGUCAAUCCACCGGUCUUUUAUUGAAUGGAAAAUGUGUGAGGUGAUGUGAUGCGAUGCAUUCUUUGGAAUUUUCUGAUGAAGCAUUUUGUACUGCUGAUUGUUCGUGUAUGUUUAUCUUUAGCGGAUAUGAGGCCACGUGGGAAAUCAUAUGCUUUUUUUAUUCUAGUCUUUAGCUUAUUGAAUGUAAAUAUAUUCCUUUCAAUACGAAUACUUUUCGAAAU